ACAGCCAAUUUUUACAUUCCGAAUUAGAAAGAAACAUUUCUCAAUCUGAACAAUUUAAAAUUUUACUGAAUAAUUCGUUGUAGACUAAAUUUGAAUUUCAACAUAGAAAGUAUCGUCUUCUUAUGAUUUUAAUUUAUAAAGUAUAAAUACCAGUAACGCUAAAGAUACUGUAAUUGUAACUUGUAAUUAUAACGUCUUAAGGAAGAAGUAACUGCACUUAAAAGUGAAUCUUGAUUUCAUUACUCAAGGAAUGCCUCCAAAAAAAAAGGGAACACCUGGAAAAAGACCAAAGAAAUCGUUGGGCUCUGCAAAGAGUAAACAAGAAGAACUCAGCGAAGUUGAUAGGGAAAUGUAUAUAAUACAGAUAAAAGAUUUAGGCAGCAAGCUUGAAAGACAAAAGGAAGAGUGCACAAAUCUGCUUGCUUCUAAUGAGGAAUACCUGUAUAUGUAUGAAAAGGAAGUUGAAGAAAAAGAAGAUAUUGUUGAGUUCUUGAAGAAAGCUUUGCAAGAGAGAGCUGUGGAAGUGACAGAGCUUCAGGAUCGUUUGAUUGGACUUCAACAAGCCCAUGACUCUGAGAAAGAAUCAUAUGAGAAGAAAAUAUCAGAAAUGGAAACAGACUUUAAAAAGACAAAUGAAAACCUUACAGCUGAGAAUCUUACUCUAAGUAGCAAACUAUCAGCUUUAGAAGAGUUCAGGAUGCAAAGGGAUGAAAUGACAAAAAGACUGAAAGAACUUGAGACAAAACUUGAAGAAGAAGAGAAAAAACACUCUGAAACACUUCGUGAAUUGGAACGUAAAACCAUUAUUGACAAUGAUAGAUUAAGGAAUGAAAUGGUUCAGAAAGUUUCAGAGGUAGCUUCAGAGUUUCGCAAAGUUUCUAACAAGCAAGUGGCUGAUACAGUCAAGAGAGCUGUCAAAGAUACAGUUCAUAUGAGUAAGGAACUGAACAAAGCAUCUGAAAAAACCCAAAUACUAUUUGAAGAAAACAGUAAACUACAGAAAGAAUUCAGAGACCUGAACCAACAACUGCAGGUUUUACAAGAUACAGAAUCUGGACUUGCUGCCAAAGUUGUAGUACAACAAAAAGUUAUAGCUUUAUUAAAGAAGAAGUGUGAAGAUUAUGAGAAUCUAAGUGCUGAAAUAAAGAUGCUGGAACAGCAAAACACCCAGUUAAGAUCAGAAAUUACUGCUCGGGAUCAACAGGUGAAAGAGAAAGAAGAAACACUAAUGAAGCUUAAUAUGGAAAAUGAUGAAAUGCAAAAACAAUUGGAAAAUCUUGAUAUAAAAGUAUCACAAAGUGAGGAGAUGAAAAACCAGCUAGUUGGGGUUAUUACUGAUGCUGCAGAAGCAUUAAGGUCUGGAAUUAUAAGCAAACCUCAAGAGGAAGAAGAUUCUACAGAGAGGGCACUUUUGCUUAACCAACUCCUUAUAUUAUUAGAUAGAGCCACAGACCUAACUGUAGAGGAACUUCCUAUGAUUCCAGGAGGUUUAGAUGAAUCUGGGUCACAAACAAGUUUUCAAGGAUGGUUUCAAGAAGAAACUUCUCUUAAGUAUCAGGCUGGAUGCUUAGGUUUUGUUCCCAAUGUCAACCAUGACUCUAGCAGAACACCUACUGGAGAAAAUAACCAAAGUCAGAGCUCCUCUAAAGAACACAGCAUAUCCACCUACACAGAAAAAUUAAGUAAAUGAGAUGUGCAAGGGUAAAACGUUUCUAAAUGUAAUUGUUAAUCCAAGGAAUGUUUCUUUGGUUGUUAUAAAGGGUCAUAGAAGAGGUAUUAAAAAGAUACACAUUUUUUAAAAAUGUUUCA